UACGUCGGCGGGGGCGACGCGUUUCGUUUCGUUCCGUUUGCCCUUCUCCGGGCCUCGUGCAAGGAGCAUUGCCGUAGCGGCAGCGCAUAGACUCUUCGGUCCUCCUGCUGCAAACCCCGUGUACGCAUUGGCAACGCGUGGCGUCGCACCACGCGUGCUUCGCGAAGAGCUCGCGUCGAGUACAGUGCAGUUGCCCGGUCGCCGCAGCUGGAUUAUUGUAAAAAUGUGGCUCGCGAGGGCGGAAGUUUGACAUGACUGUUCGUGCCAGCGCAAGUUGCCGCUCGAAGAAUGUUAAGUAAAUAAAGCUAGUGAAGAAAAAUGCUGAUUUCGACGCGAUUUUAAACGAUCGCGCAGUGGAAACAACGGACGUUGGCGAGAAACACAGCGCAGCGCGCGGCAUCAACGCGAUUCGCUACGAAAGCGCAGCAUAACGUCAGCGUGGAGAGAUUGAAUUGAUUAAAAGAGAUGGCAACGCUAAUGAUGCAAAGGCUCGCGCUGGUGCUGCUGAUGGUCGUCUUGUGCAUCCGCUGCUACCACGCCAGCCCGUCACCAAUCAAGCGAACCGAAGCCACGAAAAAAGACCAUUGCAACAAGACAGUGGACAUCUACGAUGACGUGUCCAGCCCGGAAGUAACCGGCGAUAAUGUCGGCAAGCCGAUGACAUGCUCAUAUCGCUUUCGAUCGUUUCGCGGCACGCCGAAAGAUUGGAUCCUGCGCAUCAAGUUCAACAAGUUCAAAGUGGGCACGCUGGUGAACGCCAGUCAUUGCGAUGGCGGGUACAUGCAGAUUGUGGACGGAAACGCCAAGACGGACGUGUCCAAUCGAAAAGAACCAGGCAUCUUUUGUGGCGAGAGCGAGCAACCGCAGACGUUCAUGUCCGAGACGUCGUUCGUGAAGGUCGUCUUCCAUACUGACAACUUCACGGACCAGACCUACUUUAGCUUCGACACGCGUGCCGAACAACAACUCGUCGUCUAUCUGCGCUAUGGCCAACAUCCCGAGCUGUAUCCGAAUCGGCGCGGCGAAGUCGUCCAGGGGUCGUACUGCGAGCGCAUCUUCCGUGACUGCCGCCUUCAGACGUGCUACGUGCAGUCGCCGGCCUUUCCCGGCGUCUAUCCGCGCAACCUUCACUGCCGCUACUACUUGAACACGCGUCUGCCCUUCAUCAAGCUGUACAUCGAGAACGAGGAGUUCAACAUCGAUGGGCAGCGCUGCGAAAACAUCAUGACGUGUCCCAUGCGGCCGAUAUCGUCAGGUCAAGAAAGCUGCCCAUAUGAUUACAUCAAGAUAUACGACGGCAAGAACGAGUUCAGCCCCGUUAUCGGAACAUUCUGCGGGAUGGGCAAGUUUCCCUACUCUAUAAUCGGAACCUCGCAGGAUUUAUUCGUCGAAUUCGUUUCUUCACCAGCAGGCCCACUGUUGAAUACUGGUUUCCAUUUCAACGUCGGCAAUUGGCCGGGACACGUGGACACAGCCGGCAGUCGGAACGGCACGUGCGACUGGCUGCUAUCGUCGGAGAGUCUUCGCGCGUCCGGCGACUCCGAGGGGAUCUUCCUGUCCGUCGCGCAUUGGUAUCCGCCGCACACGAGCUGCACGUAUUUGAUGCAAGGCGAGGAGAGCGAGAUCGUUCGUCUUUAUUUCCCCAGCUUUCGUAUAAAUCGAAUCGAAUCGCCGAUCCAGCCGAUCGAUGGCGAUUGCGGCGAAUCCCUCACUUUGUACGAUGCGCCGUGGCCGGAUGAUUCGAAAAUCAUCAAAACUUUUUGCGACACGUUCUCCAAGGCAAUGGAGAAGCACGAUUUCGUCUCGACUGGGAACGCACUUUUUGUGCGCUUUGAAAGCAAAACUGGCAGCUACAGCGGAUCAUCAUUGUACUACUGGGCACAUUACGACUUCUUCAACAAUACGAAGCUUGGCGAACCGGUGCCGGGGAAACAGUGUGAUGAAGUGUUUGCUUCGUGGAGAACCACCAAGGGCUGGCUGCGCUCGCCACUUAACACGCUCGUUUACAAGCAAGCACCUGCCGGUGAAGACGUGCAGUGCUUGUAUCGCUUUGUAACUGAUAAGCGACUGUACGCCCGCGUCAUCGUCACCGUCUUCAACAUCCAUUUCAAGGAUCAUCCCUACAAUCCAGGUCUUUGUACCAAUUGCCUGGAGGACCGUGUAGAUAAACUAGUGAUCUGGGAACCUCUUCCUCCCGGCGUAAACUCAUCCCAUCCAAUGACGCCAUUAUCGAAAGCUGCACAUAGCGGAGAAGUGACCUGCCUUUGCAACCGGCACAUUGGCUCCACCACAAUCAUCUCCCGUGGUGAACAAAUGAACCUUCAGCUAAUUGUGGACAACGCGCAUGCAGCGCUCAGUUAUUUCAAACACACCUCGCCGCUUUUUGAGGCGAGCUACGAAUUUGUCCAUGGUCCACUCUGUGGCCCACCAAUUGUCAAUCCGACCACCGACGGUGAAAUCCACUAUCCGUAUUAUGAGGCAAUUGGAUAUGUCGAGCCACCGAAAAGUAUUCGUUGCAUUUGGGAAAUCAAAGUGAACAAAGAGCGCGACUUGUGGAUGCAUUUCGAUCGCAUCAAGUUUGCUUCAAAGCACUGCGAUGAUGGUGUGGUUGAUAUUUUCAUCAAGGGCAAGGUUGAUCCGUAUUUGAGCAUCUGUGGCGAGAAUGUCUCUAUGACCAAAGAACUGCCCAUUCUGUCCGCUGCUGAGCUUAGCCCGGAUGGGCAUGAUCCCAGCAUCACAAUACAGUUUGUUGGAAGGACGUCCCCAACGCGUGCGGCUUUCAAAAUCGCAUGGACCGAGUUGUUCCAUCUGCCGCGGAAUACGGACGGUAGUCUGAUGAGCAGUCGGUUGACGGAGGGUGGAAGCGUGGAUGAUGGGGGGUGUGAAUUUCAGUGCCCAGGUGAAGCAGGCCUAUGCAUACCAGCUCGCUUGGUUUGUAAUGGCGUCAUAAACUGUCCCAACGUUACUGCUCAUUCAGGUAACAUCAUAAGCGACGAAUCAGAGGAAAUCUGCAAAGGCGAUGCGAUACCGGAGAUCAAUCUACUCUACGUUGCGGUUGGCAUUAUACCCGUCGUAGUGAUGUUGUUCUGCAUAUGUUAUUGCUUGUGUCGAUGUUGCUGUAAAUAUUGUUGUGUGGACGAUUAAAACAAUGCAGCAGAAUUGAAAUGCUGAUCGGUCAACGUAUAUAAGUAACAUUGUUUAAGGAACGCGCGGAUGUAUCCAUUAACAAUUAAUAAAAACGACAAACAUGCAACUAAUCAGGCAGUGAACGAACGCUUAAACAAAGUGAAAUAACAAAAACUUUUAACUUACUAAUAAAUAAAUGUAGCGCGCGUUUCAAUCGCGUAUAAUGUGACUACAAUUUAUCCUUUUUACCAAAAAGAAUAUGAAUAAUGUUACAAAUUUAAGGGUAAAGCGCUGCGUGCAAGUUAAAAAGUAAUUUUAAACCAAUGUAAACACGCCGCGGCGAUCCUCGUCGAUAAGAUACAAAACACCCACCAAACUUCAAUCCCGUUGAAUGGACUAACGUUUUAAUUAGAAAUUUUAGUUAAAUAAAAAAAAAUCAAACACUCUAAUCCUAAAUAAAAAAAAAACUCUUGCUCCUAAGAACGAAGUUCAUAAUUGAUUCGAAUCAUACUAUUACGAAUUACCCCUGGCUGAUGUCGCCCCGUUGAAACUAAUGUUUAAUAUGUGACUGAUGACUGUUGAAAGUGGAAUUAUAAUAAAGCAGGAGGCGAAAAUUGCACGAGCAGAGAUGCUCAGUUUUCACUAA